GAGGUCAUCGGAUGGUGAGUGAUCGGAAGGAAGUCUCGGAGAUACCUAGUGUUGGGCCCAUGGCGCCGGCACAUCACUGCCCUUUGUGCCGCCAGACUUUCUUUUGUGGUCGCGGACACGUCUACAGUCGCAAGCACCAGCGACAGCUGAAGGUGGCUUUGGAGCGGCUCCUGCCCCAGGUGGAGGCAGCGCGGAAGGCGGUCCGCGCCGCGCAGGUGGAGCGCUACGUGCCGGAGCACGAUCGACGCUGCUGGUGUCUGUGCUGCAGCUGUGAGGUGCGGAAACACCUGAGCCACGGAAACCUGACGGUGCUGCAUGGGGGGCUGCUGGAGCACCUGGCCAGCCCAGAGCACAAGAAAGCAACCAACAAAUUCUGGUGGGAGAACAAGGCUGAGGUCCGGAUGAAAGACAAGUUUCUGAUCUCUCCCCAGGAUUAUGCAAGAUUCAAGAAAUCCAUGGUGCGAGGUUUGGAUUCCUAUGAGGAAAAAGAGGAUGAAGUAAUUAAAGAGAUGGCAGCUCAGAUCCGGGAGGUGGAGUAUAGCCGGCAGGAGAUGGUUCGGUCUGUCUUAGAGCCUCAGGCAGUGCAAGACCCAGAAGAGGGCUCUUCGACACCUGGAAGCUGGAAACAGAGAAACAGAGUAUCUUCCAGCUCACAGCAGCCCUCAGACUUGGACCUGCCAACAGCCCCAGAGCUUGACUGGAUGGAGACAGGACAACCCCUGACAUUCAUUGACCAUCAGGAUAUACCAGGAGUUGGCAACAUCCACUCAGGUGCCACACCUCCCUGGAUGGUCCAAGAUGAGGAAAACAGUCCUGGGAGCCAACAAAUAGGACCCUCCUAUGAAGAAUUUCUUAAAGAAAAGGAAAAGGAGAAAUUGAAGAAACUUCCCCCAGACCGAGUUGGGGCCAACUUUGAUCAUAGCUCCAACACCAAUGCAUGCUGGCUGCCCUCAUUUGGCCGGGUCUGGAACAACGGACGCCGCUGGCAGUCCAGGCAUCAAUUCAAAACAGAAGCAAGGAACAAACAGCAAUCACGGAAAGGAAAAACCUGAUGCCUUCCUGAUACUCUUCCAACUAUCCUAAGCUUAAAGCCAAGCCAACAAACGCCUACUUCAGUACACUAUUACU